GUACAUACGUUUAAAUUGAUUAUUUUGAGAUGACCGCAAAUUGAUAAACUGAAUCGAAGUGUUAGAGCUUACGAUGCUACGCGAAAAUAGAUCUUCCCGUGAAUCAAGACUUAAAACGAUCGACAAAUCGUUCGAGCAGUCCGACGAAACCGAGGCUCGCGUUGCGACGAUCGAACAAAAUUCCGAAAAACGCGGUAGCGCGCAGAAACGAUGGACCAGCUCGGACGAUUCCAGCCGAGAUAUCAAAACCAACAGCGAAGAUACAGAGACCGAAUCUCCGGACGUUAAGAGUAGCGACAGAACUGAGGAACAUGCUCAAGAAAGAGCACGUAGUUCUGACGUUCGUGAAAACAAGAAAAGAAUCGCGUCACAAUUGCGCAAGAAAAGAAGAAAGAAACUAAGUAAACUGAAAACUGAAAGCCGAAGAUCCGGAGGAUCGUAUCAUCCUCGCACGACGGAUGACGACAGAGCCGAUAGCAGAUCGUCCGCGAAACGACACAGUGAAAAUAGUUUGAAAUUAAAGAAAUCGCAAAAAAGAAAAAAGAAUCUUUCCCGAGCGGACGACGACGAGAUGCCUAUUACGGAGAUUUUGAAAAAAACUCAAGAAAAUGCACUCACGAGAUACGAAAAGCCGGUCCCGCUUCCGGAAUUGACUUCUGACAGGAUUUAUAUUCAAGGCAGGAGUGGUUUUAGCGCCGUGAAAAUUGGCGGAUCGAGACGUGCUUUGAGAAGCGAUACGGCGGCGCACGUAACAGAAGGCGGAAUAACGGAUAAGAAAGGCUGCUGCGAGGAUCUCGCGGCGACUCAACCGCGUGUGCUCAUAAAAGUGGCCAUUACGAUGCAAAAUUUUUGGAAGUGCACGGGACUCGUUUAUCAGGGUCUUUUGGGCGGAAUGGCGCUUUUGCAUCUCGUUAUGAUUCACGUAUUCUUCAACACCUCGAUGAAGUUCGUGCUAGAUUAUUCGGUUUUCUCCGAAGUGUACACAAAUACGUUUUCCUUUCUAAUCGCUCUCUGCGUCAUCUCCGUGUUCGACAAGUACGUUCUCAACCUUGAAAAAAAAAUCACAGAACAAGAUCUGAUACGUGUGUGUUAUUAUUCAAAAAAUAUUUACGGUUUUAGAUUCGAUCUGGCGCGACUCGACGCGGAACAUUUGCGUGAGAUUUACACGGACUAUGCGAAAACCGCGAUCACCAUUCCGCUCUAUUUGAUAACGUUCGGUCUUCAUCAGGCAACGGCGAAGACUGACGAUCGAUUGCUUCUCUCGCUCUACCACUGCGGCAACGAUACAAUGCGGUCGAACACCACAACGGAGAACGCUGUGUUGGAAAAUUUACAGACCUGGCAAAGGAUAACGAUGUCAAAAGACAUACUCGCGGUUUUUGCUUGGUUGUUCGUCACUCUCGGAACGGGGGACAACAUGCUGCUGACGCAUCUCGAAUCGAUGGACAAUUACGCGAACAACGUUGAGUCUCCCAGAUGACAGGAGUCUUUUGCGCGAUCGCGCGAUACGAACUUCAUCCGCGCGAGACCGAACUUCGUAACGUAACAGAAUGAACAAGAACAGUUUAGGAAGUACUUACUUUUUUUUAAACGCGACGCUGACUCGAUCCCAGAUGUGUGGAAGAGAACGAGUAACCUACCCAUCACGCCUCGAAGAAGAAGUACGAUUUAAACAUUUAUUUGUAACAGAAUAGCGUUUGAUAUGUACAUUAUGUAUAAAGUUCAUCACUACUCGCUAGUCGAUAAUAUACGUGUAUACAUAUAAAUAACACACAGCAAAGAGGACAAUAAUAUUCAGAUUAAAAUAACACGUGAUAUAACGAUUACAGUAGUAAAAUAUGUUUUGGGCUUUCUCUCUCACUCACUCACUCACUCAGUCUCUCUCGCUCUCUCUCUCUUUCUUUUUCUCUCUUUCGCAAGUAGUUUAGUUUAUGUAAUCCCCAAUUUUUCAAGGAUUUAAUUGCCAAGCUCAAUCGGCUAAAAUAAAUUGCUUAUCAAAAUUUGUAAACGGGAUAUCGUCGAGAAUAUCGUCACGCGAUUCACAGAGCGGCAGAAAUCUUUUUUGCGAGUCGCGAUAUUAUCGAACGCUUUACGGGGAAAGAAAGCGCAGUUUUGUUAUAAAUUAUGUGCAAAGACUUGUACUGAUUUGCGAAGCAAAACGGAUAUAUAUAUAUUUAUAUAUAUAUAUGUAUAUAUAUAUAUACACACACGUUUGUGAAAAAUUGUGUGAAAUU